UAACCCCCUUCCGAUCAUUGGUGCUCUGUUGCGAAUCGAGAAGAGAGAUGGAAGAGUGGCUCGGCGCUCUCACUGCCGCUUCACAGCGCCGAUUCCACGAACUCGACCAACCGGAUUGCCUGUCCGGACAGCAUCAUUGGUAUGCCACCUCGCACGCUCGCCCCACCUACUGCAACGUGUGUCGCGACGCUCUCGGUGGCGUCACCUCACACGGGCUGUCUUGUGAGGUGUGCAAAAGCAAAGUGCACAAGAGGUGCGCCGCCAAGGCCAUCAACAACUGCAAAUGGACCACGUUGGCCUCGAGCAUAAUGAUGCCACACCAAUGGAUGGAAGGAAACCUGCCUGUCUCAGCCAAAUGUGCUGUUUGUGAUAAAAAUUGUGGUUCAGUUCUUAGAUUACAAGACUGGAGAUGCCUGUGGUGCAGGGCGACCGUGCACACGCAGUGCAGGCCCGCGCUGGCCUCCUGGUGCCCCCUCGGCCACUCGAGGGUCAGCGUGGUGCCCCCCACGGCGCUGCACUCCAUACAGGACGACGCUUGGGAGGCGGUCAGACCGCAGGCCUCCUCCCCCCUUUUAGUAUUCGUUAAUUCUAAGUCAGGUGGGUGGCAUCUUGUUUUUUUCGUGGUUUUGGCAGUGAUUUGGUAA